GGACCUGUGGCCUAGUCUCUUUAGAGCAUAAGCUGCUAGACCUCCAGUUCAGGCCAGCUGAGUGGACACAGGGAGCCAGGGCACCCUCCAUCUGGAUGCCAAACUUCUGCUGUCCUGGGCCAGGAUAACAAGUUUCCAAAGCUGGAGAAGAUCCCCGUAUGUAGAAUGAAGAAAUUGGCCUUCCAGGAGUAGGGUAGGACAGGACCCAGCCUGAGUUCAUGUGUUCCUAAAAGCCCAUGUUCAUGGAGUUCUGUCUUACUGGGGCCAGACCCUAUUACAGGCAAAAUCCACUGUAUGAAAAACUGAAGUUCAAGGAGAAGACGGUCAUGUCAUUUCUGAACAAAUUAGAGAUGGAGAACACUGAGUUCUGUGAGAACGUCCAGGAGCACAAGAAGGAGAUUAACUUCUAUAGAAACCUGCAAAGUCGGCUCCUGUUGCAGUCCUCUGUUGUAAAGAAGUCAUUGGUCAAAGUGAGGCAGGAUUGCAAGGAAGUACAGGCUGAUUCGUACCUUCUCCAACAGUACUUGACUGAGUUGAACCUGAAUGUUGAAGAUGAACAGCAGAAGACCAACAAUCUCCCAAAUCAACAACAGCAGGAUAAGGUCUCAGAAACUGCAAGAGAGCUGGAAUUGGACACAUCCCAGGAAGAAAGCCUCCUGCAGAAUGAGUUGCCACCUCAGGAGCCCCCUGCUGAACUCCCUCCUCAACAACCACAGACUUCUUUGGAUGAAUCUCCUUCCUCAUAG